GUGUCUGCUGCAGCAGCGCGGCAUUUAGUUAAGUUAGCCAUGAAGUGAACUCAACUGAACCGAAACAGUCCCGAAAUUCAGCCCGAACACCACAACAACUAUGACUAACUGCCUCUGUGUGUGUGUGUAUGUGUGUGUGCUUCAAGUGGUUUGUCUGUGCUGCUUUUGGCUUAGAUUUCUGGCCAAUUGUUUGGCAUUUUUUGAAGAAGUCGCGACGCUGGCAGACAGCAACGCGCGCUCGUCCAGGACUCAAACUCUCGACGUUCGACGCUCGACGCUCGACACUCGAGUCGCAGUUCGAGUUAGCCAACUCGUCGGCCCAGUUAACAGCCAGCAGCAGCGCCUUCGUGCGUGUGCGUUCUCCAUCUCGCUCUCACUCGUAUUUCGCUGUCUGUGUGUGUUCUGACUUCGUCGUCGUUGCUGCUGCUGCUGUUGGUUGACUGCUGGCGCUUUGUCAACGUCGAGUUCAUACAAUUGUGGCACGCGGCGCGUUAAGCACGUGGCUCUGACUGAUAACACACAGUGUGUGUUAGCCAAGGCUCAGACUAAGUGUGCGACAGAGACAGCGGCGUCAGCCUACCAGCAAGACCAAGACCAAGAGCAAGAGCGAGAGAAAGAGAAAGAGAAAGAGAGAAAGAGCAAGCUAAACGCGAUCCGUGCAUAUUUUUUGCAAUUUUUUUCGUGUGCAAAACCAAACUACUUAAACAACGUUUGUGUGUGUGCGUGAGUGCGUGUGUGUGUGUAUGUGUGUGUGUGUGUGUGUCGAGCCUUAUCAAUGCACUUAACAACACUGUGAUAAACAAGUGGCCUACCACAACAACAUCAACAACAUCAGCAACUAAUUUUUUUUGUCCUCGCAAAGUGCAGUGAAAAAAAAAAACGAAAAGCUUAAACAAAGCUUCAGCAAAUCCGCAAACGAAAUAAAUACUUAAUUAAUUAAUACGUAAAGGCACAAUUUUAAACACCUUUAUAGCAAACUUUCAAUCAAUAAAUAAUAAUACUAACCAAAGAAAAAAAAAAUCAAAUAUUAUUAUUCAAAUUUAUAAUUGCACAAUUUAACAAAGAAUUUGAUAAGAAUUUUUGAAAAACGUAAUACACAAAAUAUAUCUGCCAGCAAACAAAUAUAUCAAUAAUUGGUUUCAACAAUGAGUGCACCGAAUGGCAACAGCAACACCAACACCAACACCAACAACAAUGGCAAUGGUAAUGGCAAUGGCAAUGGCAACGAGCAACAGCCACGUGCAACAACUAGCAACAGCAGCAGCAGCAGUCGUCAAGUUGUUGACAUUUCGACAGCAACAGCAACAGCAACAGCUGCUGACACACAGCCACGCCCAGCCACGGCGCCAGCUCGCAGCAGCAACAACAACAACAACAACAAUAACUACAGCAGCAGCAGCAGCAACAGCCACACCAGCAACAACAACAACCAUGUGCCGCAGCCCAGCAGCAGCAACUGUAACAACAACAACAGGCAGAGCCAGAGCAGCAGCAGCAGCAACAACAACAACGAGAGCAGCCACAGCAGCAGCCUGGUUGUCAGCAACAUUACAGCGGCAACCACACACGCCAGCAGCAGCCAGAGUCAGAGUCAGAGUCAGAGUCAGAGCAGCAACAACAAUCACAUCUAUGUGAAUCCGCACAGCUACGACAGCAGCAGCAGCACCGCAGGCAGCGGCAACAUCAGCGGCUCGACUGCAGUGAUGUUGCCAUCAUCAACGACAGCAACAUUACCGCUGCCAGCAACAACGCUGCCGCUGACGCUGCAACUGUUGCCCACGGACAGCGCACAGAACAGCAGCAGCAACAGCAAUGGCCUGAGUCUGGGCGCGAUCAGUCGACCAGCAACAUCGACCACGCUAAGCACUUUGAACACAUAUCUUUUUCCCUGUGGCGCCGAUUCGGCGGGCACAAUUGGUGGCGGGACUUUUAACGGCAGCGCCAGCUACGAUCUCGACAGCAACUUCAGCCAGAUGGUGGCCAACGGUGGCAGCGAGGCGGGCAGCAGCUCAGCGGCGCAGAGUCCAGCCUUUGGCGGAGGAGGAGGCGGAGGAGGAGGAGGCAACUUGGGAUUGGGACUUGCUGUGAACUUUGGUGGCUUUAUCAACAAGCGACGCAUUCGCAAGCUGUUUGGCGUUGGCGCCAGCAAUGUCAGCGAUAGCCUGGGACCUUACGGAGUUCCAUAA